UCAAGGCUUCGGGGAAGAGGACUUCAUUUUGUGCUUCGAGGGGGAAAAAUAUAGAUUCGCGUGGUACUGGUGAUAAUAGUGGCGACGAGGGUGUGUCGGCCGGUCUAACAGCUUUUCCACUACCCGCACGAUUGUUUUGGUAAUCCUGAGGUCUGUCACCUACCGCUAUGCCGCUGCCGGUUGCACUGCAGACCCGCUUGGCCAAGAGAGGGAUCCUGAAACAUCUGGAGCCUGAACCGGAGGAAGAGAUCAUUGCUGAGGACUAUGAUGAUGAUCCUGUGGACUAUGAGGCCACCCGGUUGGAGGGCCUGCCACCCAGCUGGUACAAGGUGUUCGACCCUUCCUGCGGGCUCCCUUACUACUGGAAUGUGGACACAGACCUCGUGUCCUGGCUCUCCCCACAUGACCCCAACUCCGUGGUUACCAAAUCUGCCAAGAAGCUCAGGAGCAGUAAUGCAGAUGCUGAGGAGAAGUCAGAUCGGAGCCAUGAGAAGUCAGACAGGGGCCAUGAGAAGUCGGACAGGGGCCAUGAAAAGCUGGACCGGGGCCAUGACAAGUCGGAUCGGAACCAUGACAAGUCUGACAGAGAUCGAGAACGUAGCUAUGACAAAGUAGACAGAGAGAGAGAACGGGACAGGGAACGGGAUCGGGACCGUGGGUAUGACAAGGCAGACCGGGAAGAGGGCAAAGAACGGCGCCACCAUCGCAGGGAGGAACUGGCUCCCUACCCCAAGAGCAAGAAGGUGGCAAGCCGAAAGGAUGACGAGUUAGACCCCAUGGACCCCAGCUCAUACUCUGAUGCACCCCGGGGCACAUGGUCAACAGGACUCCCCAAGCGGAAUGAGGCUAAAACGGGUGCUGACACGACAGCAGCGGGGCCCCUCUUCCAGCAACGUCCAUACCCAUCCCCAGGGGCUGUGCUCCGGGCCAAUGCUGAGGCUUCCCGAACCAAGCAGCAGGACUGAACCUUUGUUCUCUGGAGCCCUGGCAAUUUUCUUUUUUCUUUUCUUUUUGCGAUACUGGAUAUCGAACCCAGGGCCUUGUACAUGCUAGGCAAGCAUUCUACCACUGAGCUAUUCCCCCAGCCCCCCUGGUGUUUUUAAUAAAAGCUUUACUGUGGAUCAUGUU